GAGUAGAGAGAGAGUGUGAGUGUAAUAACUAAAAGACAUCAUUGUUCUGCAGGAUCUAAGCAAAAAAGUCUCUCUUUUUCUCACUCUCUUCAAUGCAGUGUCUCUCUUUCUCUCUCUCUACUCACAGCUCUUGCUAGCUUCAAGACCUUUCUCCAUCCUCUUCCAUUUUCUCUCUCAGAGAAACAAGCUACGUCCAAAUCCUCUGCUUAGCUCUGGUGCAUCUCGAUGGCGGUUAUUGUUCUUUUUGCUGUGAUUUUCUUGGCUAUAGUUGGUCACUCAAGUGGAACAUGGUGUGUAUGCAGAGAAGGAUUAAGUGAAGCAAUGCUGCAGAAGACAUUGGACUACGCAUGUGGUGCAGGAGCUGAUUGUAAACCCAUUCACCAGAAUGGACCUUGCUUUAACCCAAACACCGUCAAGUCUCACUGCUCCUACGCUGUCAACAGCUUCUUCCAGAAGAAAGGUCAGUCUCAGGGGACUUGUGACUUCGCCGGCACAGCCACCGUCUCAGCCUCUGAUCCAAGUUACACUUCUUGUCCUUUUCCAGCAAGUGCAAGUGGAAGUGGGACAACGACACCAGUGACGACAACACCUUCGACAAGAGUCCCUACGACAACUAAUACAAGACCCUACACAUCAUCAUCAACAGGAGGAGGUUUGGGUAUCCCGUCUGGAAUCCCUGAUUACACAGAUCCAUCCUCUGGAUUCAAACUCCAUAACCCAAGAGACACCACGUUCUUUGUAUCUGGACUCUUGGCCUUCUUCUUCUACUUGUUGAGCUAGUAACCACUAAACAACAACUAAGUUGGAAUGUAGAUCAUGUGGGUGGGUGUAGUCUCUCUCUCUCUCUCACUAGUCACUACUGUAAUGAUGGAAUCUUUUAACGAGAGAGAGUGACAUUUAGUUGGACUUGUUUUGUUCAAUCUUUGUCUGGUUUUACUAGCUGGUUUCCACUUGGCUGAUAUUAAAAAAAAAACUGUAAAUUUUUAUUUUAUUUUAAGUAAGGUUCACCCCGGAGUUGUUAAAAAAACUAGUUACUUUGUCAGCAAAAAGAGCAAAUCUUUUUAGUUUUCUUUUUUCUGGUGAAGAAUCGCCAUUGCUUUGUUGUAGAGACAGAAAGACAAAGAUCUGACUGUUUUUAGUUUCUCGAACUCUUUCUCGUUUUUGUGUAACAACGACCCUCGGAUUCCCGCGGUUUGACCGGCGACGAUAAACGAACGAUUUUU